AUGAGAAAAAAUUUGCAAGGGGUUUUGAUACGUACUGGAAAUAGGGAAAAUUUUACAUCGAUUGAAGAAGAAGAUUAUUUGGAUAUAUUGAGAACUAAAGAUAGGGUUCAAUUUCAAAUAUUCAAUUUUCAAAUUUUCGUCGUUUUAAAAGAAGCGCAUCAUUUUCAUUUCAAUUUGACCCGCAGACACGUCUGGUUCGGGAACGAGUCCUCGGGAAUCGACGGCGGCUUGAGUCAAUUAGUACACGAAAGAAAAAUCGAUAUCAGUACAUCCGGAGGUUAUUUACGACCGGCCAGAAUCGAUUAUUACGAUUUUUUAAUGCCGCUGUAUAAAUUCAGGUCCGCUUUCAUUUUCGUCAAUCCCGAUCGAACCGGACCCGGUUUGGAAAUAUUGAAACCGUUUGCGAUCGAUACUUGGUAUAUCCUAGUACUAUCUCUAAUAAUAAUCGGUAUAUCGAUAUAUUUGACGUUUCGAUUCGAAUCCAAAUCGAAAUAUAGUUUGUGCAGCUCGAUGUUAGUCACCAUUUCAGUUAUAUCUCAACAAGGUAUUCAGAAUGUCCUAGCUUAG